AUGACGCUCAUGGAAAAGAUCAUCCACAAGGUGGAACAGAAGAUUGAGAACAAGAGCCGCAAUCCAAAUGGAAACGCGGCAUUUGGACAAGGCUAUGGCGGCCCACAACAGCAACAAGAUCUCUUCAUGGGAGGCGGUGGAGGUGGAGGACAUCAUCAACAGCAAGGAAACCAUCAUCACGGCGGACAUCAUCAAGGCGGAGGUUUUGGAGGACCUGGCGGCCCAGGAGGGUUUAAUGGUGAUCAGCAGGGAGGCUUUGGGGGUCAACAAGGAGGCUUCGGCGGUCCCCAAGGCGGGUUUGGAGGACAAAGUGGACCAGAAGGACAUCACGGCGGACCAGGUGGCGGAGGAUUUGGUGGUCCAGGCGGGCCAGGAGGUCCGCAGGGUGGACCUGGAGGCAGGUGGUAA